AUGGCCCCCCCUCACCCCACAGGCGACACCGACGCCCAUGUCGACAUGGCCUCUCUCGCCUACUUUGACCACUCGACGGCCAAGCGCAUCAACACCGACGCCGUGCUCGUCGAAGCCCUGCGCACGCAAUACCCUCAUCUCGACCUCGUCGUCGCCCCCCAAGCCGGUCUCAACCUUCUUGCCUAUGCCGCCGCCGGCCACGCCAAAGCCAUCCCUCUCGAUGACACGGUCAAGGACCACGUCUACGGCCCUGGCCUCAGCUGGCGCAUCUACACCCCGCCACCCCGCCGUCUCGACACCCGGCCGGGCUCCAUGGUCGAGAAGCUGCUCUUUGGCAAGUUCAUGUACAAGUGGAAGGACCAGGAAGCCAUCCUCUACGUCGCCAACGGCCGCGACGGCGGAGCCUACUACCCCUCCCUGACGAAUCACUACCUCCUCACCAAUGCCACCCACAAGGUCGACGAGUUGAUCAAGGAGGCGACCACAUGGGGCAUGGAGCUGCACAACGAGGUCUGGGUGUUUGACUCGGGAAUGUGGCAGAAGAGUGCCGAGCUCUACGACUCUGUUCAGAAGAGCGACUGGUCGCAGGUCAUUCUGGACGAGGACAUGAAGAAGGCUCUCAUCUCCGACGUGGAGACUUUCUUCGACUCGCAACAAACCUACGCCGACCUCAAGGUCCCCUGGAAACGCGGCAUCAUCUACUAUGGUCCCCCAGGCAACGGCAAGACCAUCUCCAUCAAAGCCAUGAUGCACUCCCUCUACCAACGCGGCCAAGGCUCCGACGCCCGCACGCCAGUCCCCACCCUCUACGUACGCAGUCUCGCCUCCUUUGGGGGCCCCGAAUAUGCCAUUAGCCAAAUCUUUGCCAAAGCACGGCAAGAAGCGCCUUGCUACCUCGUCUUUGAAGAUCUCGACUCUAUUGUCCACGACGACGUGCGCUCCUACUUCCUCAACGAAGUCGACGGCCUUCGCGCAAACGAUGGUAUCCUCAUGGUCGGCUCCACCAACCACCUCGACCGCCUAGACCCGGGCAUCGCAAAGCGUCCCAGCCGCUUCGACCGAAAAUACUACUUCCCCAACCCGGACCUCGCCCAGCGCGUCCAAUACGCCCACUUCUGGCAGACCAAACUCCAGUCUAACAAAGACCUCGUCUUUCCCGACGCACUCUGUGACGCCAUUGCGCAAAUCACGCAUGACUUUAGCUUUGCGUACAUGCAAGAGGCUUUUGUCGCCGCGCUGUUGGCCAUUGCGGCCCGUGGCGGCAAGUCGGCAAGCCAAGCUGCGCUCGAAGCCAAACGCUGGGCUGGUCCCUGCGAUCCCAUGACACACAUUAACGACGAUGAGCCCUUGCUCGGUCGUGGUCAUGGCCACGGCUAUCCGCCAAACGGACAAGCGGAUCUGGAGAAAUUGGAGCUCUGGAUAGAGAUACAGAAGCAGGUCAAGAUCCUGCGCGAGGAAAUGGACGAGAAGGUGGAUCGGGUGGCGUCUGUGGAUUCGAGGAGCUCAUUGCUGCAGUAUAGAGAUGAGUUGGAUGCUGUUCUUCAUGGUCGACGGCAAGGGCCAUUGGGAUUGGAAAAGUUGCUGGCUAAGAUGCAGUUUUAG